AUGGAUCUAACAACUACAGUUUUGAUGGUUCUUUUGUUUGUACUUGGGAAUGUGACUGAGGGGGAAGUUCUCCAUUAUAACUUUUAUGAUAAGUCUUGUCCACAACUUGAGAACAUUGUUAGAGCUGGCCUAGUACCUCUCUUUGUCACUGAUCCCACCUCACCUGCAGCUUUGUUGAGGCUCAUGUUUAUGCAUGAUUGCCAAGUUCAGGGGUGUGAUGCUUCAAUUCUUGUUGAUCCAAUUGAGGGAAAUGUGUCAUCCAAAAUGGCUUCAGGGAGAAAUUUCGGAAUUCAGAAAAGGGAGUUAAUCAGCAUAGUAAAAUCAAUGGUGGAAGCAGCAUGUCCCCAGCAAGUUUCUUGUGCUGACAUUCUCAUAUUGGCUGCUCGUGAGGCAGUUGCUAUGUCCGGAGGGCCACAUAUAGAGGUUCCCUUGGGACGUAAGGAUUCCUUCACUGCUCCAAACUAUCAACAAGCUGAUGCUUGGAUCCCUCCUGCCACAACUGGAGUUGAUGACAUGCUUCACAUUUUCACUAGUAAAGGAAUGACCAUUCAAGAAUCGGUAGCCCUAAUCGGUGCGCAUACACUAGGAGUUACACAUUGUGCAAGCAUUUUGAAUCGUCUGUACAAAGCUGAAGGUGACAAGGCUCAUCAAGAAAUGGAACCUGGGUGUGAAGCAUUCUUGAUGUUAAAUUGUCCUGAAUGGUCUUUAACCUCGAACAUAAGUUUUGUUCUUAAUGAUCCUACUGCCUUUAUAUUUGAUAACCUAUAUUACAAGAAUGCAAUGGGAGGCCGUGGUGUACUGAGAAUUGAUGCUGAAAUGGUAUCUGAUCCUCGAACGGCUCAAAUUGUGAAACAUUUUGCUAGUGAUUGGGAUGAUUUCUUUCGUGCAUUUUCCUCGGCCUUUGUUAAGCUCUCUACUUCAGGCUCUCUGAAUCAAGGUGUUAUUAGAAAGCGUUGUAAUGUAUUAGACUAA